AUGAUACUAUUAUCAGAACUGCGAUCGCCAAACGACCUGAAAUCCUCCAAGCCAAAGAUGGAGAAACUCGCCAAGGACAAGAACGAGAUCAACAUGAACGACAUUCUCCUCGACUCGAUCUGUGCAAACUCUCUAGAUGAACACCCUGACGGCGUCGUCGAGGUGUGGUAGAUGAUCACCUAAUCACCUCAAGAAAAUGUUGCAGGACGUGGUGUCGAUCUCGCCAGACGUCGUGCAAACCGUCAACGAGGACGACCUCCGGAAGGAGAUGAACAAACCGACGUCGACGCUCAUCGAGAACUACAGUCCCAGGCUGGACGACCCCAGUGACGAGGAUCCGAACGAGCCGAAGAUGACCGUCAACGAGUUCAUCCGAAGCGAAAGUCAUCGAGUCAGAAUGGAAGAGGCGCGACUUCGUCAUCCGGGACCGCCGCCGCCGUCCGACUACGAGACCGACGCGGAUUCUGAUGUCGACGACGUCGAGGUGACGCCGGUGGAGCUGCAGAAGAGCUCGCCUCAAGAGUUCCACGUUGAAGGUGUGGAGAGCGAGUCGGAAGAUGAAGUGUUCAUCGACUCGAGAAGUGAGUUACUUUUGGCACGCCUUCUGAAUGAAGCUUGAUGUUCAGGCUCCACGCCACCACCGCUUCCAAACAACCCUCCACCGUCAUAUUCUCCAGUUGUCGUGACUUUGGCCGCGCCGAAGGCGUCCCGAAUGUACGACGAUUCAGAUUCAGACUCUGAGGUGGAAGCGCCGGCACCGUCGCCGCGACUGAGCAAGAUGGAACCCAAAGAAGAGGUUUACUCAGAACUUCUGGAUCUUCAUCACUGAACAUUUUCAGGACAUUGGUUCGAUUCAUUCGGAUACUUCUUCCACAACGACGUCGACUUCUUCCUCGAAUCACCACGAUUCUCUGGCCAGCUUCUCCGACAAGGAAAACCGUGUCACCCGUAUUUCUGUCAAGAGUGACGGUCGUGCCGAGGUUUGGGCUUCCGUUUCUUCGGUCACUUAUAAAGACAGGAAUCAGGCGGAAGGCUUCAAGUGGUCUUUUAAGUGGAAAUCUGGUCCAGUCUGAGAAAAAACUAUCUCUUCAAGUCUAGAGGACCUUCUACAGUGACGGGUUAAACUAACCCUCGAGUGGACCCUUGAUUUAUUCCUAGGGCUCUUUCAAGGGCCUUUAACUCGGUCAUUUUUAAGAAAAAAACCCUCUAGGGGCUACUUAAAAUCCACAGACCUCAAGAAGAAGCCAUUAAAGUGAUGAUUGAAGUUCCCUUGAGGUACCGCUUGAAAAUAAAAAUUCUGUCGAGGUCCUACUCAGAUUCAGGAGCACUAGAAGUGCGAUAUAUUUUGAAAAAGUUGAGCUUAGAUCUCUAAGUGUUCCCUAAAGUGGCCUAGCCAAAUUCCUGAACUAGGAAAUCCCUCAAGUAGCCACUUCAUCAUAAGUACUGAAUACCUAAAGUAGUCCCUUUAGGCUACUUAAACUCAAGAAUUCCAGAUCCACUCGCCGAAAAGCCCCGUUCGAGUGAACCUGGAGCAGCGAGCCGCCGGUGACGUCAUCACCGACGACGAAUUUUCCGAGAAACUCAUCUGA